AGGUAUAUUGAUUAUCAUCUUGGUUUGUCAUUGUGUUGUGAUGAGCUUGUAUGUUAUUUUCUUUUAACUGUGAUCCUUGGUGCUGGAAUGUUGGUCACUUGCAACAUUAUAUUGGGAAAUAAAGGUCCAGCUGGCUUCUCUCUAAUGUUUUUUUUCAAUGCAAGGGAGGUUAAUACCUAGAAUAAACUACAGAUGAGGCUAUGAACAGUUGGUCUGUGAACAUUAUUUAGAUCCAAGUAUAAUUAAUACAAAAUAGAGAAGAAAUAUCCCAUUACUUUUGCCUUUCACUUGAAAAACAUCACCAUUGCUGUAUCGUUUUCACAAGAAAUUGAGAGUCUGAAGAAUUAUUUCAAGAACUGUGUGGCAGUGUAUCAUUGCUGACUUGAGUAUGGUACAGGAAUCUUUUUCACCACUGGUUUACGCAAGGAAUUCCUUGAAUUAUUUUUUUUAUAUGGUGCCAAGUAUAUAAAUCAUCACUUACGGUAACAGUUCUUUCCAAAAUGUUUGGACUUUUUUCAGGUGAUUGUCACUGACCCUGAAUGCUAGCCCACAGGCUUUUGCGGCUGUUCCUGGUGACUGGAGUCUGUUCCCAGUCGAGCCUGCGCACCAUCAUGGCUUGGAGAUCCCACGGCAGAGACAAUGCAGACAUGGUGCGGCACUUGAAAGCCAACCAGAUCAUCCGCUCUGCUGAGGUGGAGCGAGUCAUGCUACGGGUGGACCGUGGCAAGUACUCCAAGAACAACCCAUACAUGGACUCCCCGCAAGGCAUUGGCUAUGGGGUGACAAUCAGUGCACCACACAUGCAUGCUCACGCCCUGGAGCUCCUGAGUGCCCACCUGAAGAAGGGUAACCGUGCCAUGGAUGUUGGAUCUGGCAGCGGGUACCUCACAGCCUGCAUGGCCCACAUGGUUGGGGAGAGUGGUCGGGCCGUGGGGAUUGACCACAUCCCUGAACUCAUCAAGAUGGCUCAAGACAACAUUGAGAAGGACAGUGCUGAGCUUCUGUCAUCCAACACUAUCAAACUUGUUGUUGGUGAUGGGCGGCAGGGGCACCCAGACGAGGCACCUUACAAUGCCAUUCACGUUGGAGCAGCGGCCCCAACCCUCCCUCAGGCUCUUGUGGAACAGCUGGCACCAGGCGGCCGACUAAUCAUUCCCAUUGGUCCAGAGGGAGCCAAUCAGAACUUAGAGCAGAUCGACAAACUUGAAGACGGCAGUGUAAAGCGGAAGGUCCUCAUGGGAGUGAUCUACGUGCCGCUCACUGACAAGGACUACCAGUGGCCAGGCAGGCGGGAGCUGUGAGUCAUGCCACCAGCUGAAUCCUAAUUCCUCCCAGGUGCUGCUCUCUCCUAUAAUUGCCACCACCACCACCACCACCACCAACGCUGCUGCACACUGCUCACCACCCACCACCACCACCCUGCCAGUCAACAUGUGUCUGCCCCAAUACCACCCAUCACACCCCAGUAUCUAUUGAGGCACUUCAUCCAGCAGCCUAUACCUGCCCUUCCAUGCAGUAGCCAGAGCACCAUAGCUGCAGCACAAAUUGCUUGUACCCCAUCUCUGCUUGCAUCCCAAACGGUGAGCAAGAAACCUCAACCUCAAAUGCCUUUUUUUCUAACUGUUUGCUUGUGUGGGUGGCCUUGGCAUUGAGACAGAGCUCUCACCACAUCUAACUUGACAUGAUGAAUGAGCGUUGCACAAUUGAGAAAUUAAGCAAUGUGAAGCUUUACUGUUUUGGAAGAGAAAAGACAUUUGUAACAGAAGUCUUGAAGCAUCUGCUUUCAGUGUGUGAGUGAUAAAACAGAACUUGUACACUAUGAUCACACUUCAAGCUUGCUCAAGGUUGCCUUUCAUGUGUUUGGAGCUUGCGCUCUUUUGUUUGUCAUGCCCCUAAGAAGGCAAUGAUUGUGUUGGGUAUGGCUGAGGAGACUCACUAGAUGGUUUUACACUAGUGCAGUUGUGUGACCAGAUGUGUGGCCCAGAGAACAGUAUUUUGCAUGACUUAAACUAUAUUCAAACUAAAAGGCUACACAGUGUUACUGGUUCCCACACUGAUAGUGAAAAAGCAUUGAAAAUAAACAAAAACAAAAAAGAAAAGAUAUUAGGUUUAUGGUGGUUCCUUCUUUAUGAUACAGAGUGUAGCAUUGAAUUAACUUAGCUUAUGUCUUGAAUGACUCACUGAAAUAACUUAUUUUUGUUGUGUGUAUGGAAGAUGUGACAAAGGUAUAGACUCAUUAACUCUUUUCAUGCUGGUGGCAGCUCUUCAGGAAAGUACAGUACAACAAUAUCCCACUAACAAAAGGUGGGAAGUGCAGUGAUGGUUUGGCCACUUAUGGAAUACUCAGCUUCUUCAGAACAUUGGUAGUGGGAAAAUAUUGAGUCUAAUCUGGAAUCAAAAGUAUAGUGGCCACCAUUCACAAGUUUUGAACAGAUGGGGAGGAUGUGUAGAUGCAAACUCUUAGUUAAUGCUUAUAGUCUUGGGAAAUAUGACAUACAGCCAUCUUGCUGUCUGAACCAUCACUGUACUCCCUUACUUUUUUAGAUUUAUGUUUAUAAACACUUAUUAAAGUUAUUGAUACUUAGAUUCUUAUAAUCAUAAUUUCAUGAUGGUGUAAUGUGUAAAGGUGUGCACGAUGAGGAAUCACAUUACUUGUACUAGAUUUCCUUCGGAAAAUUUUAAAACAAGUUACUAAAUCAAGCGUUUUAAUUUCUUUAAAAUUAUGUCCAGUGACAGUGAUUUUAGUAAACCAUUUGCUCAAGAUUAUUUUUUUCUUCUCAGUUUUCAUCUUUCUACAUAUACAAAAUUCAGUGAACUUUCCUGAUAGUGACAUCCGCCAGCUGACAGAGGUUAUGGUGUGUAUACGGGAGUGUUGUAAUACUGACUGCCAUGGAGAGGAAUUGUUGUGAAUCAGAGUUUGAAACAAGUGUGAAAGAAUUGGUUAUUCAAUAUAUAUUAAUUUUCAAAUAGUAAGGCUGUGAUAGUAUCAUGGAGAUAUAGAAUACAUAUAUUUGUUCAUAUACAGCUUUUCCAUAUGAAUGGUAAUGUGACAGGGAAGAAGAGAGGAUUGUAUUUUAAGUAUUUCUGUACAGUCUCAAGAAACUCCUUUCAUUUCUUGCUGUCUGAGUCUAGGAAGUGGGUGACUUGUGUAAAUAAAGUACAUAGGUAUGUGCCCAUAGAUUCUUCAACUAUGUUCAGUAGUGUAACUCAAGCUCGUGUUUAUUAUGGAACACCUUGUGCUCCCAGAUGUUGCAUGUCUGUAGGAUGCAUUCUCUUGAUUGUUGAUGUGUUUGCUCCUCCAAACAUUUAGUUGAGUUACAAGUGUCACCAAACACCACGGAAGGUGUUGUGUGACGCUUGGUCCCCACAUUGCUGAGGGUCACAGUCCCAAGAUGACCACAGGAAUCACUGAUAACCACCACCAGUAUGGGAAGAUGUGCACUUGUUCACAGUACAUCAUUGUUUGUCAUAAUAAAUUUCAACACUUCCAUAAUAAGUACUGGAAUGACAAAAUAAGCAUGGUAGCAUGCAUUAUUUAUUGUUUUAUAUAUUUGUGUGCCAGAGUUCAUAUAGCCUAGUUUAGUUGAUAAUGGAAAAUAAUUUUGUUUUCACUCAUCUCAGAUGUACAAUUGUAAGAAAAGAAUUAUACGGAUUAGUUUAA